AUGGCUCCGUCCCUGGCCCCUUCAGCAGGGUACCCACACAAAAUCCCCCUUUGGCGCCGUAUCCUCAGCCUGGUCUGGGACUCUGCAGAUGGCGACCCCGAGUAUCGCAGAUAUGUGCAAAGACUUGAUCUCUUUGUCUUCCCUACCAUCUGCCUUGGAUACUUCAUCAAGUACCUGGAUCAGUCCAACUACAGCAAUGCAUUUGUCAGUGGUAUGCAGGAAGACCUCAGCCUGUAUGGUAACGAGCGCAACUGGCUCAACACCUGGUUCGCCCUGGGCGUCAUGGUGGGCACUGUCCCAGCCCAGAUGUCCCAACUGAAAUUCAUCCGGCCCUCGCUCCUAAUCCCGACGUGCGAGCUUAUCUGGUCGUGCCUUACCAUCGGCAUGGGUUUCACAAAGAGCAUCAAUGCGAUGUAUGCCCUCCGCUUCUUCAUCGGUCUCUUCGAAGCUUGCGCAUUCCCUGGCUACAUCGCGAUUCUGGGAAGUUGGUACGGGCCCAAGGAACUCACGAAGCGUGUCGCCAUCCUGCUGCAGAUCGAGUCUAUCGCCAGCAUGUUCAGCGGAUACCUCCAGGCCGGGCUCUACACGAGCAUGAAUGGCCGGGCAGGAAUCGCAGGCUGGCGAUGGAUGUUCAUCAUCAAUGCUGUCAUCUCGUUCCCGAUUGCCAUCUGGGGAUAUUUUGGGCUGCCGGACACGCCGCACAAUACCAGAGCCUUCUACUGGAAGCCGGAGCAUAUCAAGUACGGAAUUGAGCGCAUCGAAAAGUUCGGCCUCAUCGAACAGCCCAAGUUGACGAGGCAGGAGCUGAAGCGCAUCUUUUUGGGUUGGCCGCUCUGGUGCUUUGUCCUUCCCUAUGUCAUGAUCGCCGCUUGCCACAGCGCGUCGAGCUACUUCAACCUCUGGCUCAAGGCCGUGGGAUACAGCGUCGUGCAAACCAACGUGCUCCCCACGGCCGGCAGUGCGCUCAACGUUGUGGUCACGCUGACUUGGGGUAUUCUUGCCGAUCACACUGGCCAGUACUUCUUGCUCAUCUGCAUCUGCAUGGGCUGGUGCUUGCUCUCAAACAUUCUGCUCGUCAUUUGGAAUGUCCCGAAAUCGGCACUGCUGUUUUCGUACUACAUCUCGUAUGCGGGGAGUGCGGCGACGCCGGUAUUGAUUUCCUGGGGCCAUCGUCUCACCGCCGACGAUCCCAACUUGCGCCAGCUCCUUGUCGCAGUUGCCAACGUCGUCUCAUAUGCCUGGGUUCUCUGGGUUCCUCUGGUCCUCUUCCCAACCUACGAUGCUCCUCGAUACAAGUACGGAUACCAGAUCCUCAUUCUUUUUGGUGGUCUGGCAAUCAUCGGGACCAGUUUGAUGUGGUAUAUGCACAGGCGCAAGGCGUAA